ACGGUUCCUUCUCGCAUGCCCGCCCUUGCUCUGCCGACCCCGGCGCCCCUCCUCCGCCGGUCCACGCGCCCCUCCAUCGCCAGCUCAGUACCUCCUAGCCGCUCCGGCAGCCGCGCUCCGCCGACCCGCGCGCCCCUCCUCCUCCUCCAGCUCGGCGUCGCGGCACUCGCCCCACGCGCCUCCUCCGCCUGCUCGCGCGCUCGACGGCGCGACCCGACCCGGCCGCUGCACGCUCGCCUCGCCUCGCCUCCACCUCCUGCGGAUCCACGCGCUCGGCUCGGCCGGUGCCUCCCUUACCGUCGGCGUGCUCAACGACGCGCCGCCGCUGCCGGGGUAGGACGCCUCCCUUCCCUUCGACCGGCGCCCGCACGCUCGACGGCGCGACACCGCCGCGCUGCCAGGGCAGGACGCCUCCCUGCCCUUCGCCCGGCGGCCAGCUCGAGCGCUCUCUCCCGCCGCCCUCCACGCGCCCCUGCCUCUGCUCGGCCGGAUGCCUCCCUCCCCUUCGACCCUGCGCCGCCCGCCCAGCCAAAGCCACCCCCCAUCAUCGAUGCACGGGUCCGGGGCGUCAGUUCAGGAGGAUGGAUCCGCGGAGGUGGUGGCCUGAUGCUCUGCCAUCCCCACAUCCCCCCGCUCGUACUCCCGUCCCCAUGGUUCCUAUUCCUGCCGUCGGCUCCAUUCAGCAGGAUCCACGGAGGUGCUGACGGAUGCGCCGUUUCCAGCCUCACGGCCUAUCUACAUCAUCGCCGAUCCAGCCGCAAGCGCCAUCAAGGAGGUACCUUCAACUUAAUCCUCAUGGGGUCACCUUCUUCUACACCUACGAUAUCGACGACCCCUCACCAGCGACGUUGAGGCACCCACGAAGCCAUGGCUGCCAGUAAGGAUGCAGAACUAGGUGGCAAUCAAGUAUUCAGGUUGGUCACAGCAGGGACAUGGCAUGAGGAAGAAAAUACACAUGAUCUAUAUUGAGCCAAAACAAUUUCUGUCAUCUAAUGGGAGCCAAAAUAGGGGUAAUUUUUUCCAAAGGUAUUUCUGCUCAUGGGGAUGGCCGCAAUGCAGUAUUUCAAAACCAUAGUUCUGAUGGAUUUUUGGUCAAACAGUUUUAUCGUAUUUUGUAGUAUGCUAAUACUCUAAUUUGGUAGAAUAGUAUGCAAAGUAGUAGAGAUUUUGAUGUGAUCUGGGGCUAAAUUGACAAUUAUUAUGCAUAUACCAUAGUUUGUUGUAGAAACAUUUUUUAUUCAACUUUCGGUUAGUGCAUCUCCUAUAUUACAAACACCGGUGACUAGGUAAUUUAUGUAGACAUCAUGGAAGCAACAAAAGCAUUAAUUUUAAAAGAGAAGUAAUUUGGUCCUCCAAUACCUUGCAAUAAGGGCUCGGCGGGUUGCUCCGAAUUUGUGAUGGAUUUAGUAUCAGCGCUGUGUAAUCUACUGCAACCUGAGGACAAGAUGUAAGUACCAAUCUAACUGAGCUUGUUUCUAAACGUACACAUACUCUGCUUAUAUUGACUUCUAGGCAGUGCAGAAUGUUGCAGCUUGCUUAAUAAUAAUUGUGUACUCUUUCAACUAUUCAAUUGAUCUUUUUUACUAUCCUGCUAGACAUUGGGUCGACAUGUAUCCGUGCAUAAAUAUAUUUCAUUUGGAGAAGAGUUCCAGCUAAGUAUAAAUUUUUGGUUUUGGCUUCUACUGCAUGGUAGAUGCUAGCUGGACAACGGUAGGCAGCACAGACAUAUUUUUCGGGACAAGUUAUUGAGCUUUAUGUGCUCAAGACAGGAAGAUAGUUGAACAACUGAUCCUGCAUUCCUCAUCAAUCAGCGAAGAAGUCUGGUUCAGAGUUCAGACUGCUCUGGAUGGCAGGUCAGCAUAUCCGGACACCUGUGACUAAAACCUCAUUCGCUCAGUGGUGGAUGAAGGAGAAGUGAAGGAGCUGAUUCACAUUCUUCAACGUGUUCACACAGUCAGUGGUGGAGCUUCAUGUCAAAUUCAAAGGCAUCCAACACUUAAUUUGAGAGUAAAUCACUGAACAUUUCCUAAAGAGAAGGUGUCAACAAGAUUUGGUCCUGAAGGAUCAAAGCAUACUCCUCAGUUCUCACCAAUCAUGGGACUUUAGUGGAAGGGACAAUAGAGUACUGACCCCUGGUUUUCAGGUCAUUGUGAUUUGUGGCCGUUAACUUCCAUGAUGCAUUUUUUUUCUUUCUUUGCAUUUGUCGGCUAGAAGGAUCUUCCUUGCAGGUGCACAUGCCAUAUGCAAAAUCUUAUAGGAUAUUUCCCUUUCUCAAAUUUGUGUGUUUUAGGAAUAUGAAUUACGUAUAUGCAAAAGUUAAAGUAUAUUUGGAUGUGCCAAUCAGUUGGACCCCAGAUGAAACCAACAUUUCCUCCUCCAGGACUUUACAAGAGUAAUGGCUAUCUUCUUGUUUCAUGCAAUGGUGGUCUGAAUCAAAUGCGAGCAGCGAUAUGUGACAUGGUGACUGUAGCACGCUACUUGAAUCUGACCAUGGUGAUACCUGAACUUGACAAGCAAUCCUUCUGGGCUGAUCCUAGUGAUUUUGGGGAUAUUUUUGAUGUAAAUCAUUUCAUUGAUUCAUUGAGAUAUGAAGUGAAGAUUGUCAAAGAACUCCCUCAGAAGUUCAUUGAAAAAGUUCCUCUGUCAAUGCAACCAAUCAGCUGGUCUAGUGAGAAAUACUAUUUGAGGCAGAUCUUGCCUCUAGUACGAAAACACAAGGUGGUACGUUUUAGCAAGACAGAUUCUCGCCUUGCAAAUAAUGGCCUUCCUCUGAAGCUACAGAAACUUCGCUGCUAUGUUAACUAUAAUGCAUUGAGAUUUACACCAUCCAUUGAGGCUCUAGGCAACAAGAUGAUCUCAAUUCUUAGGAGAACUGGAUCUUUUAUUGUGCUUCAUCUAAGAUAUGAGAUGGAUAUGCUUGCUUUCUCGGGAUGUACACAUGGAUGUUCUGAUGAAGAAACAGAAGAGUUGACAAGAAUGAGGAAUGCAUAUCCCUGGUGGAAAGAAAAGGAAAUAGACUCUGAGAAGAAAAGGCUUGAGGGAUUGUGCCCCCUCACUCCUCGAGAAACAACAUUAGUACUUAAAGCUCUCGGUUUCCCCAGAGACACUCGAAUAUAUAUUGCCUCAGGUGAAAUAUAUGGUGGUGAAAAAAGACUAGCUGUAUUGAAGACAGAAUUUCCUAACGUCGUGAGGAAGGAGAUGCUUUUAUCUGAUGAUGAGUUACGACCCUUUCAGAAGCACUCGACUCAAAUGGCUACACUGGACUAUCUUGUUUCUGUCGCCAGUGAUGUUUUUAUCCCCAGUAAUGAUGGAAACAUGGCUAAAGUCGUAGAAGGGCACCGCAGGUUUACAGGCUUCCAUAAAACCAUACAGUUGGACAGGAAGAAGUUAGUUGAGCUUAUAGAUCUUUUUGAAGACCAGGAGCUGUCCUGGGAAGAAUUCUCUGUUGCUGUCAAGGAGCUCCACAUGGGCCGAAUGAGCCAACCCACCAGAAGGCGGGUUAUCCCCGGACAACCGAAGGAAGAGGACUACUUCUAUGCUAAUCCUCAUGAAUGCCUUGGGCCUGCAAGAAAGCGAAUGGAAAGGGUAAAACAUAUUGAGAUUUGAAUGCUACACGAUAAGCGCCCUGGUAGGUUGGUACAGAUAGAAUCCAAGCUGAAAAGUUUCAAUGAUGUGUGUUUAGGCACCAUUCAAAUAACCAGAGUAUAGCUGGUUGCAGCAAUGGCAAAACAACCUUCAGCUUCCUCAUUUAGCUGACCUCUCAUGAUUUUUGCGGAGCCUUGCCCUCAUGAAGUGCGAUUCUAUGAAUAAGCUGUAAUCCUACUCUACCUGGCUAAGCUCAUCACUAUGCCACGAAUUGAAGAGUGUUCUUGUCAAUGAUCAUGGCUCGAGAGAAGCAUUUGCCAUCCAGAAACUUCAUGACGAUUAUUAAUUCUUGGAUUCAGAUUUUGUUGAUUUCUAUAUUCAUUUUCCCUGCUACUGAACUGGAACAUGACCCGUAUUAAUCUUUAGAUGUCAUGGGGUCGUACAUGUUCUGUUGCGAUCGAUUGCAGGUGGUAGCUAUAUGUUGUAUACUUGUAUUAGGUGGUUGAAUUUGUUGUUAAUGUGUAAAAUGCAACUUCUGGAAUGGAAACAAUGUAAAUGCAGUAAGGAUUGUAGCAUUGGAUCCACUUGGGUGUGUGUGGAAUCACAUUUACUUUUGAGCACAAUUUUUCUAUAAAGAAUCCUUGAGGCACAGGGAUGCCCUUAUGAAGUA